UUUUUUAUCUCUGCUUCGCUGCUUUCUGCCCAAACCAUAUUAUUAAACAGCAAAGCGGUCACUGAUUCACUGCUUUUCUGCUUCAUCGUCAUCGAUAGAAAUGGACUAUCUUCUCUGGAAGCUUUUGCCUCUAUUAGCACUUAUCGUCUCCUUCGUAGUCUUCUUUUUCUUAGAGGAUUCCUACACGGCCAACUUGUUUCAUAUGAAAAAGCCACCCCGUGAAGAGUGUAGCUUUCUUCCCGUUUGCCAUUACUGGAUAUCCAGCAAACGUAUUGUGACCCCGCAAGGGGUUAUUUCUGGUUCAGUGGAGAUAAAUGAGGGGAAGAUCAUGUCCAUUGUUGAAGGAGAUAGUAAGCAUGGGAAGCAUAUGCAGCAACAAGUAAUUGACUAUGGAGAUGCGGUGAUCAUGCCUGGCUUAAUUGAUGUGCAUGUACAUCUUGAUGAGCCAGGAAGAACUGAAUGGGAAGGAUUUUAUACUGGGACAAGAGCUGCUGCUGCUGGUGGUGUAACAACAGUGGUUGACAUGCCUCUAAAUAAUCACCCAACAACAGUGUCUAGGGAAACAUUGAAACUUAAGCUUGAGGCUGCUAAGAAGAAACUGUAUGUUGAUGCUGGUUUCUGGGGAGGUCUAAUUCCUGAAAAUGCACUUAAUACGAGUAUUUUGGAAGGUCUCUUAAGUGCUGGGGUCCUUGGUGUCAAGUCUUUCAUGUGCCCUUCAGGAAUUGAUGACUUUCCUAUGACAACUAUCGAUCACAUCAAGGAGGGACUUCCUGUGUUGGCCAAAUAUAGAAGACGUUUACUUGUGCAUGCUGAGGUUCAGCUGAAUUCAGGACAUAAUUUGGAACUCAAAGAUAACGAUGAUCCACGUGUUUACUCAACCUAUCUCAAGACUAGACCCCCUUCAUGGGAGCAGGCAGCUAUUAGAGAACUUGUAGGGGUUACAGAGGAUACUAGAACUGGUGGUCCUCUAGAAGGAGCGCAUGUUCACAUUGUUCACUUGUCUGAUUCAAGUGCUUCCUUAGAUAUGAUAAAGGAAGCAAAACAUAGAGGUGACAGCAUUAGUGUUGAGACUUGCCCACAUUACUUAGCUUUCUCAUCUGAAGAGAUAAAUGAUGGAGAUACUCGUUUUAAGUGUUCCCCACCGAUUCGUGAUGCAUCCAAUAGAGAAAAAUUAUGGGAGGCUUUGCUGAAAGGAGACAUCAACUUUUUGACUUCUGAUCAUUCACCAACACUGCCAGAACUCAAGCUUCUUGAUGAGGGUAACUUCUUGAAGGCUUGGGGUGGCAUAUCGUCUUUGCAGUUGGUUCUUCCAAUAACAUGGUCAUAUGGACAAAAACACGGAGCAACUCUGGAACAACUAUCAUUAUGGUGGAGCAAGAGACCUGCAGAAUUUGCUGGAUUAGAAUCAAAGGGAGCCAUUGAAGUUGGAAACCAUGCUGAUAUUGUAGUGUGGCAACCAGAGACAGAGUUUGCCCUGGAUGACAAGUAUCCUGUUUUCAUUAAACAUCCUAGCAUCUCUGCCUAUAUGGGAAAAAAGCUAUCAGGACAAGUGUUGGCGACUUUUGUGAGAGGAAACCUUGUCUUCAAGAAUGGGAAGCAUGCUCCUGCAGCCUGUGGCGUUCCGAUCCUUGCUAAGUGAAAACUCUUCUAACAAACUCAUCAAAGAGUCUCUGGUUCUGUGGAUACAGUUCUGGCAGAUUUGGCUUGCCUUGCCUUCAUGCAUGAUGAGAAAUAUUGAGAAUGUCAAAGUUGUGUAAAAUUAUCUAGAUGUUCAGCAUCUGCAAUAAAAGUAUGACGUGUGUAUGUAAAAAUAGUACUUUGACUUUAUUAGAGAAGUUGAUAACAAUAUGUAAAACUAUUACCCAAGGUUUGUACUGUCCUAUGUCAGCAAGAAGGUCUCGAUCUG